GAGGAGAGGAAGAAGUUCUGCAGUUGGAGCAGCGAAAGGGAUGGCCAACGGAAACGAGAGCAGUGAUGGGCCCAGUAACCCCCUGGCAGCCGUCGUCGCUACUACAGGUGGAGUGGUGGGUGAAGGGCCUUCAUCUCCUGUAUCCACCUAUGUCAAGCUUGUCCUUCUAGGGCUGAUCAUAUGCAUCAGCCUGGUGGGAAACCUAGUGGUUUCUCUGCUAGUCUUAAGGGACAGGGCCCUACACAAGGCCCCAUACUAUUUCCUGCUAGACCUCUGCUUGGCUGACACCAUUCGAUCAGCAGUCUGCUUCCCAUUUGUACUGGUGUCCAUUAAGAAUGGCUCGGCCUGGACCUACAGUGUGCUCAGCUGCAAGGUGGUAGCUUUCAUGGCUGUGCUCUUCUGCUUCCAUGCCGCCUUCAUGCUAUUCUGCAUUAGCGUCACACGGUACAUGGCCAUUGCCCACCACAGGUUCUACUCUAAGCGCAUGACCUUCUGGACCUGUGUUGCUGUGGUGUGUAUGGUUUGGACUCUCUCUGUCGCUAUGGCGUUCCCACCUGUCUUUGAUGUGGGUACGUACAAGUUUAUUCGUGAAGAGGACCAGUGCAUUUUUGAGCAUCGCUACUUCAAGGCCAACGACACAUUAGGCUUCAUGCUUAUGCUAGCUGUGUUGAUCUUGGCCACUCAUGUUGUCUACAUGAAGCUCUUGCUCUUCGAAUACAAGCACCGCAAGAUGAAGCCUGUCCAGAUGGUUCCAGCUAUCAGCCAAAACUGGACCUUUCACGGCCCCGGAGCCACUGGCCAGGCAGCCGCCAACUGGAUCGCGGGGUUCGGCCGGGGCCCUAUGCCACCUACCCUGUUGGGCAUCAGGCAGAACUUGCACAACCAGAACCGACGGCUGCUGGGCAUGGAGGAGUUCAAGGCAGAAAAGCAGCUUGGCAGGAUGUUUUAUGUGAUAACCCUCUUUUUUCUGGUGCUUUGGUCGCCGUACAUCGUGGCCUGUUACUGGCGGGUCUUUGUGAAGGCAUGUACCAUUCCGCACCGGUACCUUUCCACUACAGUUUGGAUGAGUUUUGCCCAGGCAGGGGUAAAUCCAAUUAUCUGCUUUUUCCUAAACAAGGACCUGAAGAAGGGCCUGCUGGCCCACCUGCCUCCCUGUUGUAGAACUAAACCUCAACUACCCCGUGAGCCUUACUAUGUCAUGUAAAGACGGAAGUGCUGAGUCACUUUCUUUUCUUUACAAUUCCUUCUGUUUGGGUGGGUGACUAUUAGACAGUAAGAAGAGGUUAGAAAGCAUUUGAAGAUGGAGGCAUUAGGGAUGCUUUAUGUUGUUGUGGCCUUUGAUCUAGAAGCAGUGCACGAUGCUUUAAGGGAGUGGGUAUCAUGGGGAAAAAGCAUUUUCUAUCACCUAAAUGCUAUCUUUUGUUUUGGGUUUUUUUCAUGUUGACCUUAAAGGGGAAGUUUCCUGGCUAAAAUGUGAGACACUGAAUCAAAUCUAAACAGUUUUGUAGAGUGCUGUCUACUACAGGCAUGAGGGUGCUACAAUUAUAGAAGAAAAACAAUGGUUUUCAUUGCAAAACAAUUAUUUUUGGUAUAUAAAUGAUUAAGGAUUGAAUCACAAAUGGCCAACUGUGACUGAUCCUGUAAAAAUGUCAAACACGGCUACAUUAAGUGUUACAUGAUUCUGAAGAUCAUUUUCCAGAUAUAAAUAUAUAUUAUUUCUCAAAAUGUUAUUCAUAAACAGCAUAAAGCUAAACUCUUGGCACAGUAAUUUGUAUUAUUUAAAGUACUAAUUACUAACAAGUACAUAUACUACAGUAAUAAAAAACAAUUUUGUGCAUGCAUGUAAUUUUAUCUUUAAAGAGAAACAAUGAGUGCCAAGAGACAAAGUCUACACAUCAGGCUAAUCAGCGAGGACUGAAAUUGGUCAAAAUUGAUACAUUUAUGCUAAUCUUAGGAGUGCCAGUUAGAAAAAUUUACACAUAUGGGCCACUCAGAAUUUCCUGGUCAUACAGAGUUUAGAACAUAACAAAUUUUGUUUUUUUGCUGAUUUCAAGGCAGUUGGAGUUCAAACUAUGAAGUUCGGUCUAAUAGUGCAUCACAUUUGCAGUCAUUUCCACUUUUUUGCUGUAAUUACUUACUAUGUUUAUUUUCUUCUCUCUGCUCUAUUAAUAUAUUCAUUCCCACUAAUGAAAGUAAAAGUCUUUCAUUACAUUUCAUAAAAUGGCUAAUGUCCUUAUGAUGUAACCAAAUUAAUUUAAGCACGGGAGUAGGGCCUUGAUAUCAGAACAGAAGCUACUGAUGAGGUUGCAUGAAAACCUUAAAAAUAUAAUAUACAAAGCCCUAAUCAUACCAAAUUUAGUCUCAACAUUACAAGAUGGUGUUGCAAGUUUUAAGAACUUAGGGCUUCAGUCAAGAUAACGUGUGCUAGAAAUAGGCUGAAAAUCGCACAGUUGGAGUAUUGUAUUAUUAGAGACAUUCUGUAGUGGAAUCAGACCUUGGAUUGUCUAUGGGUAAUCCUACUGCACACAUUAUAGUACAAAAUUAGUACUUGAAUUCAUUUUGAAUUUAUGAAUCCACGUGGAGUGCAUAUCAGUGCUGAUCUAAUUCUAUUAUGAUAUAAUAACCUCCCACAGAAGGGGUAUCAUUGCAUGACAUAGUAGUUUAUUUGAAACUUUCAUAUAAGUUACAAUGUAAACAUAUAAAUAAUAUAAGAAAGUAAGAAGGAAGUGGAGGGAUGGCAAAACUAAAGUAGACCAAAAGAUAGUGGAAGGUUAGAAUACAACAUAAUUAACAUGAUUAGGUUUUUCAUUGGCCUGCUAUAGCAGUAAUCUAAUAACAGACUCAGCAUAAAGGGAAGUUAUGGAAUAAAAUGUUAUAAUCAAAUGAAUAAUGAAAGUGAAGCUUGAAUGAAAAGUUUAUUUGACAUCAAACCUAAUUUGAAACAUUUUUAAGUAUUAUUUUAAGUUUUGUAUUAUAAUAUAAAACCUACAAUAUUACAUUAUAUAUUUAAUAUUGUUAGUAUUACAUAUUAUAUCAGUUGAGAUAAACUGAGAAUUUGUGCUGGGGACAGUUAAAGUUUAUUUGCCUGAUAAUAUUUUGCACACAAUUUCAGAAAUUGCUGAUCAGUAAAAUUUUCUUUGGGAUAAUGUUGACUUGAAAUUGAAUGCUUAACAAUAUAGGCAAGGACCCAGAGAUUGUAAUAUUUUAAUGAAUGUUACAGAGAGCAGAAAAUUGUGAUUUUUAUUGCGAGGUAGUAUUCAGAGAUUGUUAGGGGUGUUCUAACUCCUUUCUGCUCCGGUUUUGUUUGUUUGUUUGUAAAAUCAAAGAAAAAUGUAGAAAAAUAAACAGCUGCAUCAACAAAUAACAACAACAACCACUAAUGAAAGAAAAGGGGGAAUCAUUUUUAUCUGCAUUUAUUGCCUUACGCUAUUAUCAAGGUUUGAUGUUACUGAUGUAAAGAAGAUUUGACAACUGUAUGGCCUCUACAGACACUAAAAAUGCUGGGGAAAUAGCAACACUGUGUCUUUGUUGACUUCUACAGGACUGAAUUUCUCACUCCCCUUCACAAGCAUACAAACUGAGGUCAAAAGGAAAAAAAGCAUCUGAAGGGUGCUAAAAUCUGGAAAGAAAAUCGCCAAAUUGUGACACAGGAGUGUACAAUUUUGCACAGUUCAAUGGAAAGACUUGAAUGCAAAGAACUUGAUUUCCUGUGGAAUUAAAAGGAACUUCCUCGAUUCUGGUGGAUUUCUUUGAGACAUUUUUUGGGGUUUUGGUUUGUUCUUCUUUCUUCUUUUUCUUCUUCUUCUUCUUCAUAUCUUUUGGGAAUUUGGGAAUGCAGGUGAUAGUUGAUGAUAUCGUGUACUCAUUAUGUGGAAAGAAUCUGAAAAAGUAGAACAAGCACUCAGACUUGUGGUUGGAAGGGAGGGCUUGUGGGUGGGCAAAGAGGGAGCGACUUUUCUAAUGAGCAAACAUGCCUGGUAGAACAUUUUUAGUUGCUUCAGGCAUUCUAUCUUUUGUAAAAUAACUGUGACCUCUGUGCAAUUUCCUGUGUAUUAUAUGGAUGAACUUUAAAAAAAGUAGGGGGGUGCUCUUGAUCAUCUUUUUACUGCGCAUGUGUGAGAGAGUGUUCAUACUGCGUAUGCGUGUGGGAGAGGACUGGGGAAGCUAUGGUGGAAGCCACAUCAAUUAUUGUUAGGCACAGAUAUUGACAGCCUGAUGAAAAACACCACUCCUGGGGAUGAUCGAGGUCUUUUUUCUUUUUCUUUUUAAUCCCCAUUGAAAUUUUUACUGAAAAAAAAAGCUCAGAUCAAGAGACUGCUGAAAAUAUUAAAGUUAAUAAACAAUAGGACAAAGCUACUACACAAAGUUACACAAAACUACUCUUAAAAUGAUAAAACUACUAAAAUUAGCAGAUGUGAUUCAUUUUUCCUUCUACAACCUUCUGUGGUUAAAUAGAAAGUUCUUAAUGAUUUUGAAAAUAAAAAGUUGAAUUACCACAAGCUACUCAGAUAUCUAGGUAAAGGAAUACCAGUGUCUUAGUGAGUUCUAAAUCCACACACUAAUGCACUGUAAUAAGUACAUUUGACAAAUCUGAAACAAUACUCAAGAUAAUAAGUGAACAAGUUACUCUUUUAGGUAUCAUCUAGAACAUCCAGCCUAUGACAAUGCUGACUGCUUCAACAUUACAAGAUGCGCUAUUUCCAUAACUUCCAUCAUCUGCCAAUUUCAUUGUCACACUGACUACUGAAAAUAAAUGAAAUGCAAAUGAAAAGAUACAAUUCUGAUUGACAAAUGAACAUUGAUACACAGGCUUUGCUUCAAUAAAAUUAGACAAAAUUACUUUAAUUGUGAUUCAACAUUGAUACUCAUUUUCACUUUAAGAUUAGGUCCAAUGUGCUAACUUGACCCUGCUUUAAAAAUCAGUGGAAAACUCAUGUAAUAAUCUCCGUAAGAUAUGGAAAAAAAACAACAACAUGUUUUGGAAUUUUUUUUAAAUAAUACAGCUCCCUAAAAUGUAAACAUUUGAAUAUUUAAACAUGGCAAGAAACAUAAAAUAUUUUUGACCUGAAAACCAGCAUGUCUAUAUCAUUUUAAAGUAACCAACAGCUUUGGUCAAUUUAUUUUAAAAAAUUUAUUUGGUGUUAGUAGUGCCAAAAAAUGUGUUAAUUUCUUAUUAAAUCAAUUAUUUAUUUAAAUGACAAAGACAUUUUGGUAUAUUUUAUCACCUCAUAUGCCACAGUAAUGAGACUAAUGGGAGAUAUGACAAACAAGCCCACUCAAAGAGCAAUAGACGCAGUGAGAAUUCAUUAACAGGACUGAAAUAUUUCUUUGAUCAGCUCAGGAGUCUCAUUUUUCAUGAGUGCAUGAUGUAUGAAAAGAAAAGAGAAAAAAAGAGAGAAUGUCAAGUUGGCUUUCAGAUUCAGCUAUCUUGUUCUGUAAAUUAAAGGGUUUUUUUCCCCCCGA